CUCUGCCUCGUACUAGUAAAAAGAUCCCGUUCCAAAGCCAUUUGCAGCUAGCCAUCCAAACUAGUUCACCAAACGAUGGCUUCUAAACCAGGAAUUCUCACUGAUUGGCCAUGGAAGCCUCUUGGAAGCUUUAAGGUAAGAUGGUCUCCUUCCUUCAGUUUUUUAUUAUUCUAAACCAGGGAUUCUCCCAUGCGCUUAUACAUUGUGUUGUUGGAUGGAUAUAUUUACGGUACAUAAUCCUGGCUCCUUGGAUUACGGAGAGCAUAUACACGGCUAUAGUUAAGGAUGCAAAGCAGUGGGAUGUUUUAAACCUUGCGAUACUCCCACUCAUGUUAUGGAGAAUGUUGCACAGCCAGCUUUGGAUUAGCUUCUCUCGUUAUCGAACUGCCAAAGGCACCAACAGGAUUGUGGACAAGGGUAUCGAAUUUGACCAAGUUGACAGGGAAAGGAACUGGGAUGAUCAAAUAUUGUUCAAUGCAAUCCUUUUGUACUUGAUAAACAAAUACCUUCCAGGAGCUUCUCACUCACCCGUAUGGAGACUGGAUGGUGUGAUUAUAACCAUGUUGCUCCAUGCCGGCCCUGUGGAGUUCCUUUACUACUGGUUGCAUAGAGCUCUGCACCAUCAUUAUCUUUACUCCCGCUACCAUUCUCAUCACCAUUCUUCCAUUGCCACUGAGCCUAUUACUUCUGUGAUACAUCCAUUUGCAGAGCACAUAGCAUACUAUGCCCUGUUCUCAAUACCAGGGUUGACAACGAUUCUAACUGGAACUGGAUCCAUUAUCUCCUUUGCUGGCUACAUCACUUACAUCGACUCCAUGAACAAUAUGGGGCAUUUCAACUUCGAACUCAUUCCCAACUGGGUCUUCUCUAUUUUCCCCCCUCUCAAGUACCUCAUGUACACUCCAUCGUUUCACUCGCUGCACCACACGCAGUUCAGAACCAACUAUUCACUAUUUAUGCCAAUCUACGAUUACAUCUAUGGUACAGUGGAUAAAAAUUCGAACACCUUGUAUGAAAAUUCCGUCGAAAGAAAAGAGGAAUCACCCAACGUGGUGCAUCUAACUCACCUAACAACACCUGAGUCAAUCUAUCAUCUCCGCCUUGGAUUUGCCUACUUGGCCUCUAAACUAUACUCAUCAGUUUGGUACUUGUGGUUGCUCUGGCCUGUUACAUUAUGGUCCAUGGUGCUUACCAAGAUUUAUCGUCGAAAUUUUGUUGUUGAAAGGAACCGCUUCGAUCAGAUCAGAUGACAGACAUGGGCAUACAAGUACAGGGUACAGUACUGCUUGAAAAGGCAAAAGGAAUCCAUCAAUAACAUGAUCGAGGAAGCCGUAUUAGAGGCCGAGGAAAAAGGUGCUAGUGCGUUGAGUCUAGGCCUUAUGAAUCAGGGUGAAGAGCUAAACAGAUAUGGUGAAGUGUAUGUGAAGAAGCAUCCCCAGCUGAAGGUGAAGGAUGGGAGUAGCUUGGCAGUUGCAGUUCUCCUAAAUAGCAUACCAAAGGGAACAACCCAAGUACUCCUUAGAGGCAACUUGACUGAAGUUGCUUUUGCAGUCACCUUUGCCCUAUGCCAGAAGGGCAUUCAGGUCAUUGUAUUGCGUGAGGAUGAAUACGAGAAGCUUGACAAAUCAUUUGGCACCAAGUCUGAGGAUAACUUGGUUAUCUCAAAGAGUUAUAGCUCUUGCAAGGUAUGGUUAGUGGGAGAUGACUUGACCGAAGAAGAGCAAAGAAAGGCAACUGAAGGAACAUUGUUUAUUCCCUUUUCACAAUUCCCACCAAAAAAAUUGCGUAAAGACUGUUUCUAUCACACCACGCCAGCAAUGCAAACUCCGAUGGCCCUUGAGAAUGUGGAUUCUUGCGAGAACUGGUUGCCAAGGAGAGUGAUGAGCGUAUGGCGCAUAGCUGGGAUACUGCAUGCUUUGGAAGGAUGGGAAGAACAUGAAUGUGGUUACACCAUGUGUAACAUUGACAAAGUUUGGGAAGCAUGUCUCAAGCACGGAUUUCAGCCUCUGACGGUCCCAAUUCAAUCAAAAUCCUAGAAGAUUUUUAGCAAUUUAUCUAUCUAGUUGAUGUCUAUGCCUUUUUAUGUAUAAGCAUUUACCUAUACUAUUAUCCUUAUCCUGGAUUCACCAUUUGAGUCUCUAUCGAGUUAAAGGUUCUUCUCCAAUGUCUCCAUAGUACGUAUGAGGAGUUUUUAGAGAAAUAUAUAAUGCAUAUUUAUAUUUCCUUUAAAUUUUAAUUUUGUUGGUGUAGAGCACCUGACAGAUCAAGAAUUGUCUUGUCGAUUAUUGAUUAUAUAAUUUACUUUAUCAUUAAUUA